CUUCCGCGUUUGUAUUCUGAGAGCUAAAGCGAAACCAGACGCUACACCACAGGAUGCAUCUGUGCAGGGUUGGAAUUUACAUGAAGAGGAGGAAGCGGGGCUGCUCUCAAGCCUGAUCGUUACAGUCCUCAUCCUUCUGGCCGUUACUCCCUCUGCCUCUUCAGAUUGGAGCUCAGCCCCUCUCCCCUUCCCAACAUGCUGUGUUGGGGGAACUCAAAGGAGGGACAGCUGGGUAUUGGCCUGGAGAGGAACCCCUUGUUUGAGCCAAGGAACUGUCACGUGUUCAUUGGCCGGGGACUGAAGGAGGUCGCGUGUGGAGGUCAAUACUCAAUGUUCCUGUUGUAUGAUGGCAGCGUGUACACAUCUGGCUCUAACAGCUGUGGACAGCUGGGCCACGACAAGCCAGGGACUUUCCCAGAGCUAGUUGGAGCUCUGGAUACUCAGAAGAUAACAAAUGUGUCGAGUGGUCGAGCCCAUUCCAUGGCGGUGAAUGAGAAGGGUCAAGUGUUCGCCUGGGGAGCUGGUGAAGGGGGUCAGCUCGGCCUGGGGACUGCAGAGGUGGCUGUUCGCAUCCCGAGGCUGGUCAAAAGACUGUGUGACCAUCACAUCUCCCAAGUAAUGUGUGGAAAUCAGCAUUGCAUCGCACUUUCUCGAGAUGGCCAGAUAUUCACGUGGGGCCAGAACGCCAGCGGUCAGCUCGGCCUGGGAAAAGGAGAACCCAGUAAACUGUUCCCUCAUCCCCUGAAGUCUCUGGCUGGAAUCCCUCUGGCUCAGAUCAUCGCUGGGGGAGACCACAGCUUUGCUCUCUCCUUGUCCGGAGCUGUGUUUGGUUGGGGCAAAAACAGAGCGGGACAACUGGGUCUCAAUGAUAAACAAGAUCGUGCCGUCCCCUGCCACAUCAAAUUUUUGAGAUCUCAAAAAGUUGUUUACAUCAGUUGUGGAGAUGAACAUACAGCAGCACUCACAAAGGACGGUGGCUUGUUUACGUUUGGCGAUGGCUCGUGGGGUCAGCUGGGUCACGGCUCCAGCAACAAUGAACUUUUACCCAGACGAGUGCUGGAGCUCAUGGGGACUGAGGUGUCCCAGAUCACCUGUGGCAGGCAACACACGUUGGCGUUUGUGCCGUCCUCUGGACUGGUGUAUGCAUUCGGUUGUAACAGCCAUGGGCAGCUUGGCACAGGGAUACUCGGGGAUGGUAGAAGUCCAUUUCCUGUGAAGACCAGUUUGUUGACUGGUCAUUUCCAUAGAGCAGAAUCAAUACAUUAUAUAGUGACCAAAAUCAUGUGUGGAGGAGACCAUAGUUUCUUAUUAUACUCCAAUGAACAGAGUGUCGUCCCCCCAGAAGACUUCAGGGUGAUCAACAUCAGUAAAAGCCUUACCGCAAUCAACUAUGAACGGUUAAAUUCAUGGAGGUUAAAACUGAAGUUCGACACAGAUUCCAGUGUCACCAACGACAUCAUUAUUCAACUCUCCUCCACGGCUUGUUGGAAUGCCAGCUUCUUGGACCAAAGUGAUGACAUCCACUUCAAAACCAACCCAAAGAUCCCAGGCAUCGAUCUCAACUCGGUCAGACUUCUGUUUGAGGCACUCAGCAAACCGGCCUUCUCCGGGCUUCUGGAGCAGGCCACCAAGAGUUUUGAGAGUCUGCUGAUCCCUCAGCUGCCGCACUCUCCUCCGGACGUAGAGGCCAUGAGGAUCUACCUCAUCUUGUCUGAGUGUCCAGCGCUGCAGGACUCCAACAACUACAUCCGCCUCACUAUCCCCUUGGCAAUGGCCAUCCUCCGGCUCGAGGCCAACCCCAGCAAAGUAUUGGACAACUGGUGGUGCUUUGUGGACGACAGCGUGUUCACCAGAAUGGUCGACAUGUACAAGAGCAUCGUGGUGUUCAUGCUGACGGGAGGAAAGAAGCUGCUCGUGCCGAUGUUCUACGAGAACUACUUUCUUGCCGCGCUAAGGCUGCUGGAAAAACUCCACAAGGUGAACCUAAAGGCCCAGCAUGUGGAGUACAACCGCUUUUAUAUCCCUGACAUCACCAGCCUGGUGGACAUCCAGGAAGACUACCUCAAGUGGUUUCUGAGUAAAGCUGAGAUUAAAAUGGGAUCAUCCCCUUCGCAGACUGACUGUCCCUCAGUGAACCUAUGUGCCUACCCGUUCAUACUGAACGCCCGAGCCAAGACAACCAUGCUGCAAACAGAUGCUGAACUCCAGAUGCAGAUGGCAGUGAGCGGUGCAAACCUUCACAACGUCUUCAUGCUGCUCACGCUGGAACCCCACCUCGCCCGGAACCCUUACCUGGUGAUACACGUGCGCAGGAACCAUUUAGUGAGCGACACCCUGCGUGAGCUCACCAUGUACUCUGACGUGGACCUGAAGAAGCCACUUAAGGUGAUCUUCGAUGGAGAGGAGGCCGUGGACGCAGGCGGAGUAACCAAGGAGUUCUUCCUGCUGCUGUUAAAGGAACUGAUGGAUCCUGUUUAUGGGAUGUUCACUUCCUACAAAGAGUCCAACCUGCUGUGGUUCUCAGACAAAUGUUUCGUAGAAGACAACUGGUUUCAUCUGAUCGGGAUCAUCUGCGGUCUGGCCAUCUACAACUCCACUGUGGUGGACCUGCACUUCCCCCUGGUUCUCUACAAGAAGCUGCUGGACGUGUCACCGCUGCUGGAGGACUUCAAGGAGCUCUCCCCGACCGAGGCCAGGAGUCUACAACAACUUCUAGACUAUGAGGGAGGUGACGUGGAGGAGACGUUUCUUCUCAACUUUGCCAUCACCAGGGAGAACUACGGCAUGACGGAGGUGAAGGAGCUGAUCCCCGGAGGAGAGAGCAUCAGCGUGGACAAAAACAACAGGAAGGAGUUUGUGGAGGCCUACCUGCGCUACGUGUUCUCGGACUCGGUGAGCGAGCAGUACUCCGCCUUCUCCUCGGGUUUCCUGAAAGUGUGUGGAGGCGAGAUCCUGGCGCUGUUCCAGCCGUCGGAGCUGAUGGCCAUGGUGGUCGGCAACAACAACUACAACUGGGAGGAAAUGGAGAAGAAUGCUGCUUACAAAGGGGAAUACACAGCCACUCAUCCCACAGUCAGAUUGUUCUGGGAGGUUUUCCACGAGUUCCCUCUGGAGAAGAAGAAGCAGUUCUUGUUGUUCCUGACCGGCAGCGACCGCAUCCCCAUCCACGGCAUGGAGAGCCUGCGCAUCAUCAUCCAGUCCACCAUGGCCGAGGAGCACUACCUGCCGGUGGCCCACACCUGCUACAACCUGCUGGACAUGCCCCGCUACCACACCAAAGAGGUCCUGUGCCGCCGUCUCACUCAGGCCGUGGAGCAGUACGAGGGCUUCAGCCUGGUCUGACGAGGAAGAGGAGGAGGAGGAGUGGGGGGGGGGGGUGCAGCAGUUUGAACGCACUUUAACAGCAAUAUACGCCACGCAUGUCAGAGGAGGGGGAGGGGGAGGGGGGGGUCAUCAGGACACAGGAAGGUCACUCUCUUAACGUGCGCUUAUAAGAUUGUGGAGCAUCUUCAAAAUAUGAAAGGUCUAUAUAUGUACAUGCAAAAUAUUUUUUGGUUUUUAUUGCUUUGAACAAAGAUUCUCAACCUCUCAGGAUCGUUUGUAAAAUAUCUCGGUACGUAAAAGUACGGAUUGAACGUGGGAUGAUAAAAAGUUUCGGAGCCUAAAUCAAAGGCCAGUGAAGGUUGAGAAACUGUGACUUUGUUCAUUUUUUUGUCUUUUUGAUUUUGCAAAGCUGUGUAUUUUAUAUUCAACUGAUUAAAUCUAUUUUUCACCUUGUUAACGUUGUUAACUUCAGACAAGACGCUUUAAUCUUCCUUUUUGUUUCUGUUAAUUUAUUAAAUAGAACGGUUAUUUUUUGACAAAGUAAAUAUGUAUGUGUAUAUACACAAGUGUGUGUGUGUGUGUGUGUGUGUGUAUAUUGCAGUUUGAAUAUAAUAUCUACCCCUGACUUUUGUAGAAAUUCUCAACAAAUUGAUCUUUUAAAUUAGAGCCUGGCCGAUAAGGAUUGUUUGAGGCAGAUGCCGACAUUGGAAGUAAACAAUGUCAACACUGAUAUUCGGCAAAUACAUGAUUAUUAAAAUUUUAUUCUCAACCCCCUUGACAAAGAAAUGAAAUUAAAGCUUGAUAUUUAACCCUUUAAACAUAAAAACCACAAAUACAACAAAAUAAAUAGACCUUGAACUAAGAAAAUCUACUUUUUCUUUUGUUAAAUGUAAACAGAAAUUAUUUUUCUGGAAAAUCUAACUUUUCAAAUUUCCUUUUAUUAAAAUAUAAGCACUGAUAAAUGUUGAAAUGCUUGUAUCGGUGGAUCUCCACCGGCCCUCAGAUGAAUUGCUCCGGCUCUAUUUUAAACGUGGUCUCUGCCUGAUUCAAAGGUUAAGUGUCAUGUUUCUGGGUUGGACGAGCGGCUGCAGGAUGAAACCUGGACAAUAUGAUUUCCUUCCCUCUGAGCUGCGGAUCACAGAGCAGCUGACUUUGUCUUCGCAUUCAACAGUUGCCUUCUCUAUCCAAACCGUCUAUAAGGACGUGAGACGAGUCGACUUUCUACAGGUUAUUUUUUACUGGAUGUCGUGUGUGUGCAUGAUGUUGAGCUAAAGACAAAAGAAAAUCUGGUCGUUAUUGAGAAUUACGCUUAUUAACAUGGAGAGACCCAACGCUGCGUUCAUGAACCGUAUGACGUUCAUGUGUUAAAUAUUUGUACUAGAUUCAAACUGAGUUCAGCUUCUAUUAAAUGAGAUGAAUGGAUUGUGUCGGUGUGAAUAUCAGAUUAUACUUUACCCUACGUGUGUGUUCCUCUGACAAGUGGAGCUUUAUAUGGACAGUGUUAGAAUUACAAGUAGAAAGCAGAUUUUUUUCCCGCUCAGCUGCUUUUUGAACGAUUAGUCAUGAACGCAGCAUGAGAGCAUAAUUAGCACUUAGCUUAGCACAAACUCUGGAAAAGGGGAAACCAACACCAGUAGAGCUAAAGCUAAAAAAUUAACAUUUGUUUUCUUAAUCAUAAAAUAAAACAUGUUAAAGAGACUGUGAGGAAAUGACUUUCUGUGCUGCCAAUAAAAAACAUUGUUAUUUCACUUUAAAUUUGU